AUGCUUACUGCGGCGCAACUUGAGACACAGGGGCCGAAUGUGCAGGGGCGCUUGAAGCCGAGUCUACAGCUUACGGGUCAUCAGCUAUUCUAUGUUUUUGGUCUUGAUGGUAUAGGCGCUAUGGCUUUAUCCGGGGGUGUGAAUUUUGCUCUGGCUUAUGGCAUGUACACUACGCAAGAUACCGUCAAGAACCCAAUUCGGUUGUUUCAACUGCCAAACACAUUAUCAGGUGAUGCAGCUGUAACUAUUAUUGUCCAAUGCAUUCUCACGUGGUUCGUUGAGAUGGGACUUGUCAGUUAUGACCUUUCGAAACGGUCUGUCCAGCCGAUUGGCUUUAUUCGAGAACCAUUGUGUCAGUGGCUUCGAUGGCUAUUCUUUCUCCCACCAGCCUCUGAUCCAGGCGACUCAGAAGUAGAGGAGAAAGAGCCUCAACCGGAAUCCAAGCUCCCUCCUGUACUUACGACAAUCGUGCAAGGGGCGCUGAGGGGCUUUACACUCGCUGUCUUGGGCUUCUUUAUUCUCUGGCCCCUGAGCGUGGCGGUUUUAACGACCGUUGGAGAACGCGAUGGUGGGGAUUGGAGACAUCAAGAUCGGUGGACACCACAAGUUUUCAAGGUUAUUCUUGGUGGCGUUCGGGGGUUACUCACGACACCGUUAAUGGCCCUGUUCUGGUUGAUCAAGGCGGAUUGGGAGGGUAAUGAUGAGAGGACGAAUGCAUGGACUUCAAGACAGAGUCGGUACAUGGCGGAAGUAUAG